CGCCGUCCAUAUUUAUAAACAUGUAAACAACAAAUUUUGAAAUCUAAACAUCAGAAAUCAUAAUUUUGUAUCCUUCUGUUCAAAUAAGAAGCACAAGAAGUGUAGAACAGUCUUCCUGACACACAUUUAGGGUAGGCGUCAGGAGUGGAAGUGUGAAAAACAAACAUGUCCGCCUUCCUGUCUGCUUCGAAACGAGAUGCAGAUGUCAUCCAGAGAUCAGUCUGACAGAGGUGCGAGAGAGACAGAGAGAGGGGCCAGGGACGGGAGCACAAGCAUAAUCUCCUGCUGAUCAGUUUCUGGAAUCAUGCGUGCUCUGUGUGUGUGCAUGCUGCUCUGUUCCCUCCAGCUCUUCAUCCUCCCUUCUACAGCAGUAGACGGGAGCGAGGCAGCCGGCAGGAGGGAUGAGAUGGGGGAGAGGGCAGGGAGGGAGAGACGGAGCCUGCCGUAUUGGGGCCUGUGGUCGUCUGAUUUCUUCGGCUGGUUGGAGGAGCUGCGAGCGCAGGCGGCUCAGACAGGGGUGGAGGAUCUGGCUCGGACGUUCUGGUCUCACUUUCCCAUCGCAACCGAGCUCGGGUAUGAUAGUCCCGAGUCUGACCCCCAACUUGAGGAGUGAGGAAGAGGAGGAGGGAGGAAGCAGAUGAGAUUUAAGAGCCUGAGGGCUGAAGUCAACUUUGACGUUUUUGUGAUGAAUCGUGAUGAGUUUUCAAAUCAAUUCUAUUUUGGAAACUUCCAUAUCAUUUUUACAUUUGUGUUAACUUGUGUGUGUACAAAGAUAACAUGAA